AUGCCACCAAAAAAGAAGUUGAAGCUUACUCGAAAUAAGGCUGAAGUAUUUCUAGUAAAGAAAGUUAGAGAAAAUCUUUCAUGUUAUAAACUUCCUACUGGCAUAGAGGUUUUGCAAUACUACCUAUAUCUAAGAAACUUGAAUCCCAAAGUAAAGAAAAUGGUUUUAAUUAGGUGUCAUUUCGAAAUUAAUUCAUUUGAGCUUAGAUGCCCUCCACAAGCUGACUGUUGUGUAAUAUCUAAAUUGGUAAGGCCAUGGAAUCUUGCAGGGUUCCCUAUCAUAACUUUGGAAAAUAUCAGUAAAAAAAAAGAAGAACUAAUUGAAGAUAUUAUAAAAGACAGGAGAAGGACAUCCGAAGCCAAAAAUGAAGAUAUUGUGUUUAUCUUAGACCAAAUUGGAAAUAGGAUAGGAAGAAUAGGAACAGAUGAUAAAAGAUAUAAAAAAAGAACAAUCUACCUCUGUUGUUUUGUUACCAAAAAAUAUUUAAAAAAAACAGCUCUCAAAGCAAUAGGUGAAGGACUUUCAGUUAGACAACACACUGCAAUAGUGGCAAGUGUUAUUGCUAAUUCAGGAGGUGAUGUUACUAAUUUUGCAAUAUCUUCUUCAACCGCGUUUAGAGUUGCAGAAGAAGUUGUAACUAAAGAGGGAGAAAAGAUUAAAAAGCACGUUACUGAUCUUGUUAAAUCUUCAUCAUUACCAAUUAUUCUCCAUUUUGAUGGAAAAAUAGUUAAGGAGUUCACAAGCGGAAUAGAACAUCAACUUGACAGACUUGCUGUUUCCAUCAGGAUAGAUGGACAGAGUGAGCUUCUUGGGGUUCCUCAUUUGAGCUCUAGUACUGGAGAAACACAGAAGAAUACAAUCAUAAAACUUCUUCAUCAAUUUGAUAUUUUUGAUAAAUUACAAGAAUGCGUUUUUGAUACAACUUCUGUAAAUACUGGUAUUAAAAAGGGUGUGUGCAUUAGAUUAGCUGCAGAGCUUGAUAGACCACUACUUCUCCUAGCAUGUAGGCAUCACAUCUAUGAAAGGCAUAUUAUUCACUGCUGGAACAUUUAUCCAAGCAGUAAAAUAAAUGGUCCAGAUAAUCCAUUGUUUAAGAAGCUUAAAGAUGUAUGGAACUCAAUUGAUCAAAAUUCCAUUGUGUUAAACAAAGUAAAAAUUGAAGAUAUUUCUGAUAGCUGGCUGCAGGUACAGUUCAAAGAAGCCUUAUCUUUUUCUCAAAAUAUUAUCAGAAUGAAAACAAUGAAAAAGGAUGGAUGUAGGUCUGAUUAUCUAGAGUUGGUGGAAUUGACAACAAUGGUUUUAUCUGGUGAUGAACAGUACAGGCUAAGAAAACCUGGGCCUGUACACCAUGCCAGAUUUAUGGCAAAGGGAAUAUACUUUCUGAAAAUGUAUCUCCUUCUAAACAACAUUUCUAGCUUGACAGAUUUUGAGAAGAAAGAAAUAAAUGAUAUGGCAUUCUUCACAGCUGUAUUUUACACUGAGUGGUUUAUAUAGGCUGAAAUUCCGGCUGUCGCUCCAUAUCAGGAUAUGAAAGCUCUUUGGCAGAUGAUGAGAUACUCAAAAAUCAAUCCUGUCCAGGCAAAACCUGUUAUAGAGUCUCUAAAGAGACACACCUGGUACAUAGACCCAAAUAUUUUAGUUAUGUCUCUUGUUGACAAAAAUGUACAAGACAUUGCCAAGAAGUUGUACUCAACCCCAAGACCUACAACUUAUGCCAUAGAAAGACAUCAAGUUAAUUUAAAUAUACUGAACUCCCUUAUGUUUAAUGAUGAUACUCCCCCAAGUUUGACCCCGCUUAUAACUGAUCAGAGUUGGUUAAUUUUUCAUAUCUUAAACCAUGCAAAUGCUGAAGUACAGUGGCUUAAGACUCCAUCUGAGACAUGGGAUCUAAGUAAUAGUCAUUACUUAGAAUUCAAACAAUUUGUGAAUAAUCUUGAAGUAGUAAAUGACUGUAGUGAGAGGGCUAUAAAACUAGUUCAGGAGUUGAUCAAUAAAUCGCAUAAUGAGGAUAAAAGACAAAGUACCUUCCUCGUAUCAAACAAAUAUAAGAGUAAAAGAACAAUUAAAAAAAAAUGUGAUUAUGUAAAGAAUUCUUUGUUUACAAAAUAAAUUUAUAAACAUGAACUAUGUUUGACAACUAAUUUCUUCAGAAACUAAUCAUAAAUAUGAUUUUAUUAUGUAAAUAUAAAUAUUUUAAUAC